AUGGCCGAAAUGACGAAGGAAGGAGCGAAACUCCAUCCGUUGGUUAUAUUUUACGAUAGCGAAGCUGCUCACGGAAAUGUCUACCGUGGAGAUAUCAUUGAAAUUGCCGCCAGAUGCCACCCUGAUGUAGUGAAAGGUUCAUUUCAAACUCUGAUAAACACAAAUCAGCCCUUGUGCGCUUUCGGUAAGUGAACUCCCUGGAUAAAAUUCAUCGCUGUGCGUUGUUGAAAAUCUACGCUGUCAGCAAGUUUUUGGCUGUUUUUAUUACUGCGCAAUUGCUUAAGAGGAAGAGCUUUAUCCUUCUACUGCUUACUGCAAUUUUGGCGUCUAAGGGUUUAUUUAAGCUUGGAAAAGCUCUAAUGUUCGGAAAAACCGAAAGUGUACUGGCGGUAAGCUUAAAAUCAGUUAUACACGGCCUCGUAAUUGUGUGUAUAGCGUGGCAGUGGUACAGAAACGGAAGUCAUGCGAAGAAAGUGCAACGAAGAGCCAAAUUAUUGUUCCUUCCUUUUUAUCUGCUCCUAAACACCAUCUUGUCCUGAAUUCUGAGUCGUUCAGCAGAAAGAACGUCAUAAAACGUCCAAACUGCGUAAAAUUCUUCUGAACGUUUGACGACGCUAUGCGCUUGCAUGCGGUUUGUUGGCAUUUCCGGCAUGUAAAUUAUUAUAAACGUUCCGUUUUGUUCACGCUGAGUGAAUUUCAUGUUACUGAAUUCACAUCGUUUAGAAGGACGCUGACAGGUUUUUUAAAAUUAUUAUUAAGGAAUGGUAAAUACAUUUGAGAAUUUUGAACCUAAAAACGUCCAAAAUCGAUUAAAACUGAGGAAAGUUAUGCAAUCAAUGUCGUGACUCAAAACUAAACAUGAGAAAGUUUACUGUUUAAGACUUAAGCUUACAAUUUCAAAUUAUGUGGAAUGGGGUGUAAAGGAUAUCUUAAGGUAUGUCCAUUCAAUGAAAGCCAAAAACGAAAUUUCCUUUAAAAAUUAAUGUCGUUUGUUUCUGCCAAAUGCCCGGCCAAUCAUAAAUUUUAAUUGAAUUAUACUAGUACAAUGUAAUGUGGGGAAAGUUGCCUUGUAACGAAAAAAGCCUUUGGCAGCUUUCAUUUUGAACCAAGAAGCUGAAAAAAUAUUUGCAGUUUAAAAUUCCUGCACAUAUAUUUAGCCUUUAUAAUAGGUUGAUUCCUGGGGAUUAUAUUCCUUUAUAGAAAGUUACUUUGAAGAAAGUUCUGGAAGCAUCUUUUACUGUUGUUACUUAAUAUUCUACUAAACUGCUACUAACUUAACAAUAUACACAGCAAAUUCUCUCUUUAAGCUUGCAAAUCAAUAUUGUAAAGUUGUUGAAUUACUGUAUUUCCAAGCAUGGGUUGGUUGUUGAAAGAGUUUUUCUGGAAAUGUCCCAAGUAAUUAACAUAGUUGAGUUCCUAUUUCUAGCUAAGCUGCUUGCCAUAAAUACAUUAAUACUAUAAAAAGCUUCAUGCAUUAAUAAAAGUGUUCUUUGUUAGUAACAUCUCUGUAUUAAAAGAAACUAAGUAGGAAUUCAGGGCUGUCAAUAAUAUUUAAAGUUGCCCGGUAUAUGAAAUUAGUAGGCAGGGAUAUUGAGCAGCUGGGAAGUUCUAUUUUUCUUGCUCCCAACAUUAAGAAAAUAGCAGGCAAAUACUGUCAAAAAAAAUUAAAUUUGAACUUGACAUGAAAUUAAUAAUUAUUAUUUUUUGUGGGGAUAAAAUAAACAGUGAAUAGCAAGUAAAGGGAAAGUGUUGGUCACAUGGUACAAAUUGACAUUCACUGUUUGCUGUAAAUGUGAUUCUAAAUCUCUUUAACCCUUUAAGUCCCAAUAUCCACAUACAAAUUCUCCAAACUGAUCUUGAUAUAUUUCCUUAAAGAAUGAGUUUAGAGAAUUUGAUAAAAGAUCAAAGCAUUUUCUCUUAAGUGAUCAUUUUAUUAAUUCUCACAGCCUAAUCUCUUGACAAUCUAUGAAUAUCGUUAGGAGAAAAUUGAUGUUGGUCACUAUUUUGAAUUAAAGGGUUAAUGUUAUUCCAUUUAGUUAUGUACCAGAAGAACAAUGUCUUUUCAACUGAUGGUGUGAAUAGGUAUUUUAUUACUGUAUAGUUUCAUACGACACAACUGGUUUAGUGCUCUUCAGAUAAAAUAGCAUAAUGGUAGAUUACAACAGUAUGUACUGAUUAAAAUUACUUGUCUUUUGUUAUUUUUAAAAACGUUACAGCAACAAAAGAAUGUGCUAUUUCAAAAGAAGACCUCAAGGACCAGCCCUUUUUCCAAGAUGUACUAAACGAAUUUCUUUUUUGGAUUGAUGAUAUGGUUAAACUAGCAAAAAAGAAACAUGGCAAGUCAUUUGUACCAGGUAAGAUGCCAGUUUACAGGACUGUAAUAUACAGUAGUAUUAUCAACAAAAUCUUUUCAUUUCCUUUAGGAGGUUCUUUGUGUACUUGUUACUUGUUUACCAUUUAUAUGGGCAAACUGGUCGGUUCUCAGUUUGGGCAAAGGGUAAACAAAACUUAGGGCAUCUAAUCCUGAAAUUGCAUUUUAAUCUUUUAAAAUCUUCUCAAAUUAAAUGCGUUUCAUUGAUUAAAAAAAUGGCCACAAGAUCCAGGGGCUCAUUCUCAACAGUCGUGAUAAUUUCUUGGGCCCAUGAAAAAUCAAAUGUUCAAAUCAAAAUCUAAAGAAUAACAGUGUCAGUCCUAUCUAACAAACCAGGCCAUUUUGUUUUGUUAACUGAUAGUUUAUGAAAUAAUAAUAAAUAAUUAUUAUUAUAAUAAUUGCCAAGCUUUUGAAACCUCGAUGUUGAUUGUAAACAACAUCAGCUUUCUGGGCACAUAUCAGGACUUUCAAGAAAUGGGUCCCUUAACUAGUUUCAAAGAUGACGUUUGACAAGAGGAAAAUGAAUAUCCAUUUGCAACAUCCUGACCAAGCAAACAAUACAAACUUAAUGCAAACAUCCCGUUACUCCUUGAAUUUUCCAGGGGAACAACCUGAAAAAGAUUGUGUUCCAUUUGCUUUCCAACAUAGACUAUCAAUACCCUGGCUCUUAAUGUCAGCCCUUACAACGUACAUGUAGCUCCCCCUGCUUUUUUGAUAUUACAAACAUCAAACCCAAGAGAAAGGUUUCUUUCAAAUUUUGUCUUAUUCAGGUGCAUAUGUAUGUAUAUCUAGUUAAGGAAGUCUAUUGUAAUACUUCCAAUUUACAUAUUUUUUUUCUUAAUUCAUAAAAAAUUAUUUUCUUGCAGUCUUAUGUGCACACCAUGGAUAUCAGUUUGACUUUUUAAUUUUGUUGAGUAACAUGGAGAGAUCUGGAAUACAUCACACCAUUCUCUCACAGCACAAUGUUCAUUUUGCAGAUAGCUUGUUAUUCUGCAGUGAGGUUGGUAAACUUGGAAUAUUGUAAUACAUUACAUGUAUUGUUGCAAACAUUUAUCUGUAUACCUUGUUUUUUGAUUAACCCUCAAAUAAGCAUUCCUUAUCAUCAUCGCCAUCAUCAUCACUAUCAUUAUCAUCAUCAUCAUUGUCAUCUCAUUAGGCAAGCAUGGCCUUAAGGAGACUUUUCACAAAUUACGGCUAUGUCACGGGUUUUCUCCCAACUGUUCCAAUAGAGAUUCAUGGACCUCUCUUCCCCUGCUAUUCUACAUGAAAAUCAUGUUAUCCUGGGCCUGCCUACAUAUGUCCUACCAAAUGCAAGCCACAUGAACACCUUCUAAAAUCUUCACUCAGUUGUAACAUCAAUAUGUUUCCUUUCCUCCUCUACCUCCUCUUGUUCACUUUUUUACUGACACAGAGUUUGGUUAUUCUCUCAUGGUUGCCAUGGGUUAGGAAAUGUUCAGGGUAGAAAAAAUUUCUCGAAAGUCUCCAAGUCAGGGAAAAUUUAAUACUUUGAAAGAAGUCAGAAAAAAGUGAAAUUUUUUUCCAACUUGGCAUGUGCUAAAAGCAUGGUUCGAGUUAGCAAGGGUUUGAGUUAUGGAGAUUUAAUUGUACAUUUUACGGACAUGAAUUAUGUUGUAUGUCUAGUAGAGUAUUGUUCACAAAAUUGAACAACACACUGCUGUUAGAUUUUCAAGAAAAUCAAUCCUUUUUGCACAUUAUGUUAAGGAACUAUCAAUUCAUGUGCACUGCGCACUCUUGCUGAAAGCAUAAAUAAAUGGGUGGAGGGGAUGGCUGUGAGGGGAGCGUUUGAGUCCUUUAUCAGAUUAAUAUGUGCAAUUGUUUAUUCAAUUGGUCAGGGAAGUUUUACAUUUUUCCGAAAAAUGUUUUUGUGGUAACCAUGUGACUGUUACAUUUAUUUGAGAUAAGUCAGGUCCCAUAUCUUUGGCAUAACAGCUGUGCAUACCAGAAUUUAAUCCAGGGUAAGGGCUGCUGGGUGGAAUAUGUAUUAAGUGAUUUGAAUUUUUGUUUUGUUUCAUCACUUGUGGAUCACACAAAAUUAUUAAUAAACUAGAUAAUAUACACGUAUGGGCAGGAGAUCUGAAAUGGGUUGAUCACUCAAAUUGUUAUGUAUUAGCAGAGCUCGCACAAAGCAUGAAGCACCAUGGGUAAGAAAAAUUGGUUGGCUAUACAUCCAAGAAAUUUUGUUUCUGAGAAAAUCCUACAUACAUCCACCCCUUCAUGUAAGCUGGGGUGAAAUUUCACAUUUCAAGCACCUGCACGUUUCAGCAGUAAAUCACAUGUCCACCCUGGGCUUUUAGAGAGAAAAAAAAAACAACAACAAAGCCGGGUCUUUCUUUCAACUAAAUUUUAAUGUCUACGCUGAGGUGGAUAACAGAGAAAGAGCUAGAGCAGUGAGAUACAAAGAAAGAAAAACAUGGAAGAAAAACAUGGAAAUUUUAUAGUGGUGGUGAGAAGAUGAGAAAUGCAAGUGGCUCCCUAGAUGAAAAUGAGUGGCAGUGAAAAAAAAAGCAAACAGUACACAUAUGACAUUUCCUCCAUAAAACGGGUAACUAGGAAGUUUCUGGAACUGGAAGUGUCACUUUGUAGUCAUGUAAAACAAUGGCAAAUGUACAGAAAAGAAUGCUUCCACAUGCAAAGUUGUUUUUUUUCUGCAAAUUAGACCUAAUGAUAUUUUUUGCCAUUGCUUUCAUCACUUAGCAUUACUCAGUAAACUGUAAAUAUUAAAGAGAGUUUCACUUUUAGCCCAGGCUACAGUAAAUCUAUAUACUUAGAUGAGACAUGCAUGAGCAGGAGAUCUGUACAAUGGGAGUAUUUUAUGGCACAGGCAAAAUGAAACAAUUAGUCAAGAUCUGUAUCAAAGUUAAUGAAGGUGUACCUGACUGAUAGUUAAUUCUUUUAUGAUUUCUUUACUUGUAGUUGCAAGAGAGUGGAGAAAAGUUAUUAAAUCGCACCAAACUUUCACUUGAUGGACUGUUCAGAAAAUUUUUUCCAGGAAAACGUUUCAAAGGUAAUAGCUCAUACAAUGUGUUUUUUACCGAAUGGUUGAUUUUUUUUCAUUGAAUAAUUGUAUCCCCCUGUCCACUAGACAAAUUAAAUACAAUGUAAAUGUUAAUUAUCAUUGUGAUGUUAAUUUUUCUAUACUAGUAAUAACCAAAGAAUAAUUGCAAUUUGCCCCAAUGCUGUGUGUUUCACCCUGAUGGAUAGUCAAAACACGCAUGAUCAGAUUACUAGUGAUGGAAGGUCCAAGUGUGUGUGAUCAAAUUGCAUUCUCUGCAUUCCAUUCAUUCUUAGUGGAAGCCCAAAUGAAUCCUGUCUACAUACAUGUGGCGCAUGCGUAAUAACAACCUGGAGAUUAGGAUUGCGGGCAUCUCUUGCCACCCGCAAUUUUAUUGUUAGGAAGUGGGUAAUAGCCUAAUCUUAACUUUUGUCAUGUUUUUAAUAUAACCAUUGUAUUUUGCUAUUGUAGACAGACAUAGAGCUAUGGGUGAUGUGGAUGCAAUGGUGGAUAUUUUUACCCACACACCAUUAAAGAAACUGCUACAUAAUAUGAAGUACUCAUCAACAAAAGACAGGUUUGUGCCAUUUAGAUAAGACCUUUUAAAUUCUUUUUUCUUCAAAUAUUUUAGAUUCAAAUUCUUCAGCAAGUGAGCUAUCCAUGACCGAGAUUCUGAAACCUAGACUAGAGGCUGAACCCACCCAAUAGCUGAUCAUCAAGGGUUUUAUUUUGAUCUUGAAGUCUAGAUAAUCUUCUGUACAUCUGUGUGUAUGAGUACAUAUCCUCGUCAUGACAAGUCUUACAGCUGCAGGUGUCUGCUCUUUGGAAGGGUGGAUAAAUGUCAAGCACUUCAAGGACUCAAACUAUUGAAAACUAACAGAAACCAAGACAAGGAGGUUUUCUUUGGUGGAAAAUAUCCAUUUUAUUACAAUCUAUUGAACAUUCUUGUGCCACUGUACUAUUUUUCACGUUCACUAUUGUAUAAGGACAAAUUAUUGAUUUCUUGUUGUUGUGUGUUUAUUUGAAAAUCAAAUGUCACUAUGUACUAAGGUACAUGAUUUCCCUUUUGUUUUCAAUUGUAGAUUAGAGUAUUACAUUUCGCAGAGUGGCUUGAAACAGCAACAAGCAAUUUUAGAAGGUUAGUGAUCAUGCAGAUCAGGUGUUUAAUUUUUUGUGCAUGAAUUGUUGUCAUAACGGUCGGAACACACUGAUUCACAAGUUGCAGCAACACGUCGCGGCACCAGAGCACUCUUUGCAGUUCAGGCGACACGUCACAACAACAAUUAAUUGCUUUGUGGGUACUGCUCCCAGGGGUAGGGGCAUUGUGAUUUGUCUGAGUCAUUUAUUUAAUAUUUCGCUAGCCAAUUACACCAUUCGUUCUCAGAUCUUCGUGGGGCUGCCUUAUGUUAUCAGUUGUAACAAUACCGUAAAAGUUUCAAUUGAUUUUUCAUUUUCUUCGUAAUUUUUUAACACUUUUUAAUCUUUAUAUGGAAGUAGAUCAUCGCAGUUAUAGACGCAACUUUUGCAGUUGCGAAAAGAAAGCCUUAAAAAAUUCAGGCUUGUACGGGACUCGAACCCUUGACCUCUGCUAUACCGGUGCAGCGCACCGGUGUAUCACAGUUUCUGUAUCGCAGAGGUCAAGGGUUCGAAUUCUGUACAUGCCUGAAUUUUUUUCAGGCUUUCUUUUCGCAACUGCAAAAGUUGCUUCUAUAACUGCGAUGAUCUACUUUCAUGUAAUUCAUAACUUCGCUUUUUAAUCUUCUCGUCCCUUUUGUUCUGCCUUAGAGAAUUUUUGUAAGCUGGAUGCAUGUAGCAAGAACAUGGCGAUCAAGAGGUUGCUGAAAGAGGGGGUUACAUAUAACUCUCUGAGAACAAUCUUUGAAGAGUGCUGCUCCUUCUUAGAUUUUUAUGAAACUAUGAAAAGUUAUGGAAUUGAACGCAAAGUGGCUAAAGUCAUGGCCUUGCACUUUAGCGGGAAAGGAUUUCACAACCAGGGAGCUAAAACAUAUUCAAAGCUGCAUGAAGCGAAAACUACUGCAGACGAGUCGACAGAAGAUCAAAGUAGUGGAGAUCAUUCCGUGCAGCAAAAGAACUCGGAAUGUGUACAGCAAGUAAAGUUGGCUACUGAAGAAAGUCGGCCUGAAUCUAAAUCGUGUGACCAGGAUGCGGGGGGUGGCGAAGAUUGGGAAAGAGAAGCAGCUACUGCAAAGCGUCAGAACUUUACUCUGAAAUGCACUACCUCCACUCCUCUGAGUCUUAUGAAUGAAGAUUUUUCAUCCACUUCACCAGGAAGAACGGCGAGAAAACCGAGUCCGAAAGAAAGACGGCAAAAACCAUCUGCAAAUACUGGUUCCAAGGUUACGCAUUCUCCUUCUGAAGCAAGUGAGUGUCGAAAAUCUGAUAGCAUUGGCAAGAGGCCUCAAAGUAAUGUCGCAGAAGCCGAAGUUAGGGCAAGACCAUCUGCUCCAAAGUCAAGGACGGAGUCCAGGGAGAAGAGGCGUGAGGCAUUUAACAAACCUGUAAAAAGUAACAAAAGGGACCCCAGAGCUAAGCGAGAGACUGUAGACUUGUCCCAGGAAAGCACAAAGGAGUUAAUGAAGGGGAAGAAAACAAAAUCAAAAGAUAGACCUAAGGAAACUCCAGGUGAAAAGAAAACUAAACCAGUUGUUAGUGACAUUUCUUCAAAUGAUUAUGAAGCAGUAGCCGAGAUCAAACAGAAAUCCCAAGGCCCAUCUUGUGAUCCGAGUCCAUCCUCAGAUCAAGGUUCAACUGUGAAGUUGGAUGAAGAGUCACAUCCGACAGUCGUCUCCAGCCUUGACAAUGAUAGCUCCGAGAAAAGGGACGGACAAAAUUUCACCCGUAUUUUUGUGGGUGACAUCGCUAUUCUUGUUCCGGUUGACGACAGUGAAGUUUGUGAUUCUCUCACAAAUGAAUUACGUGACACUAAUUCGGAUAGGCAAGGCGAGCUCGAAGAAACUAGUGUUGCUGACAAUGUUAGGAGCGGGGAUGCAUCCUCCGUAUGCUCAGAAUCGUUAACUGUUGCUGUGAAACCUGUACAAAUGGAAACUACGAUUCUUUAUGAAUCUAGUUCAACUUCGCCACCAUCACCUCACAGAACUCUCUCAGCUCGCCAUGAAGACGUAGCCCAUCUUGACAGUAUUCCCCAGCAUACUGAAGUGGUUGAUAAGGAGCAAGAUCACAGUUCCAAGUGUGAGGAGACUCUUGUACUGGCUUCAGGCAUUGACGGUAGUCAUAGCCAGAUGGAAUCUGAAUUUAAAACAGUAGCAUCAAGCGAAAGGAAUUGUUCUAAAGGCUCCAGUGAAGAGGCCGGGGUAUGCGGCGACGACAAAAGCGACAUUACUGAUAAGACCACCGCAAAUAGUAACGAGGCCGUGUUUGCCAUAGAGGAAACCAACAACCAAAAUGAAACGAAUGAUUCAAGUGUGAGCGUUGCUACUGUCCAAGUUCAAGCACUCCAAGUGGAGAUUGAGGCAAAUCACCCAGAGUCGGUGACUGAGGAGAAUGGCUGCAAAAGUGGUCCGUACAAAGAGCUGGAACAAACGCCACUUGCUUCCUUGUCGGAAGAUUCCUUAGACCAGGUGUCGUCUGGACGAUUUGUGAUGAGUGAAGGAUUUGCUUGUCAGGACAUGAAUACAGAUGAAGUGGACGAAAAUCGUCGUGAUCUACAGGCUGAACUUUCAUCAGAUACCAGUAGUACAAGUGAUGAGUCUUCAGUGGAUACAUUUUCACGUCAACCUCCACUCGGUGCAGAGCGAGGGUUUACACCCGACACAGUGCAACAGUAUCCUCAUCAAACAGCGUGGGUCGAGAGCAUGAAUGAAGGAGUACAUGCGAUGCCUUAUGCUGCAGGGGUGAAUUAUCCACAGGGAUCUUUUCCACCUUAUGCUAACCCGUAUGGAACAUUUUAUCAAACACAACAGGCCCUUUCUCUUUUCAAGCCUUAUUUCCCAUCAUUUGGCUACCCCAAUCAGAUUCGACCCAUGGUUUCACCCCACGUUUUGCAGCCCCAGUCUCAGAUAUUCCUGCCACCAUACCAUCAGUACAGAAGUCAAGUGAUGAUGCCUGGUGCAGUCCAGAAAGUUACUGGAUUUCCUUCAGCCGCUGUGCAGCCAUCGCAGUUUCGACCACAGGUUUACCAGGUUUUGCAAGGACCCACUGGUUACGCGUACCCUCCUGUGCCAUUCUACGGUAAUCCCAGCCAGCAAGCUCAAGAAUCGGCCAGUGUGCUGUUUGACGCUGAAAGUACGCAACCUCAACAUAUUCUGACCCACUCGUCCCAAACGCCUGAGUUCGCAAGCCCAGCAAUGAGUGAGCAGAAAGAGGAAUCUGGUUCUGAGUUAUCGUCUUCUACCUCCAGCGGUAGUCCAUUCGAAAUAAUCACUUUACCUGCGAGCGAUUCCUUUCGUCCAUUGUGCGACUACUCCACCCAGCGUGAAGAAUCGUUUUCUGGACAAUUGGAACCUGAGUUUGAGAACUCACUGUUAGUGGCAAACGAAGGCAGUAAUGUUGCUCAGGUCGUGAACUCAGGUGUCAGUGAGAUGGCUAACGAUAAUGAUAAAUACCUGGACAAUACUAAAGACUCGGGUUAUUUAAAACAAUCCAAGGAGUAUUCGAGCCAGCCUCUGCCUCAAGAUAAAAUGGACUCUGUCCAUAAGCAGAUCACUAUCUUGUCCCGAGAUGAGAGUAUAGUGGCUAUGGAAAAACGGCUUUCACCUGAUGGGAGCUGCGUGGACACUGGUGGUGUAGAUUUUGUAAGCGACACCAUUUUUGUACACAAAAUGGGAAACGGUUUGGAAGAAAAGACAGCGUGUCAAAGAACUUUGCAAGACCAAUCACAAAACAACGGUGAUUGUAGGCCAAGUAGUGAAUCAGCAAAACCCAAAUGUCCAUCUCCAAAGCCCCAGCGGAUCAAAGAAAACCUUAGUAGAAGGAACAAACCUGCAAUGUCCCAACCAGUUUCUGGCCAAAAGGCUGGUGGAGGUUCAAGUGAUAUCAUGUCCGUUUCUGAUCCGGCGUCAGUUAGACAGUCAUUACCACCAAAAACACUUGAUCAACAUAGAAGUGAAUCCGCUGUAACGUACGGUAAAAAGACCAAAACAACUCGCAGUCCCAAAACUGUGAGGUUCUCAAAUGAAUCCACUGAACAUGAAUCGACGAAUGGUAUUUCCCGUGCUACCAAUGAUGAUAAUACCCAGUCCUCGUGUCGAGGCCAAAGGACGGAACCUUUUAGAAUGGAUGAACGUGAUGCUAGUAGGCUGUUAGAGGGCAGAUCACAAAGGCAUACAAAAGAAAGAACUCUUGGCACAGAGUCAACACCGGUCUAUGCCAAGAGAAACUCCAGAAAAAGAAUUAAUAACAGAAUGAGGAGACCAUACGGCGAGAGAAACAGACCACCAAAACAUCCUCCAAGUGCAGUGAAAGCAGAAACGGAUGCUAAAAUAGACCCGAAUAACAACAGAGGAUAGAGGGAGGUCUUGUACUAAGAAGUUACUUAGCCUUUUUACUGCCAAUGUUUUGAGACUGAGUACCGACGUAACUAAUGGAAAGUACUUUUGUUGGGGUUCAAUUGAAUAGGAAACCUUGUACAGCUUAGCAAACAGUACCACAGUCAGGUACGGCUAAGUUGCUUUCAUAUGAGUGGUCACCCUUUAGGAUUUCAUCCCUCAAUCACCGCGCCAGCAAACAAGGAGUGCCACAGAAAUGUACCGCACAGUAGCUUUCAUUUGAAUAGUUACUCCAUUGGACAUCACUCAUAGAUUUAAAUGUGAGAUUUUCCUUUCAUGUCGCUUUAACUGACUGUGGCAGUUGAAGGUUUAAACUGUACCCUUAGGAA